GAUCAUCUUUGAUUUUAAAGAAUUCUACACGUCUUUUGUUUAUAACCUAAGAAGUAUCAACUUUGAUAAAAAUGUCUUUCACCACUUUUAUUACCUAUCCUCGCCCCGUCGGAGAAGUCAAAUUUGAUCUGAAAUAUUACACUGAAAAUCAUAUGACUUCUGUUACCAACACGUGGAAACCUAAAGGUCUUCGAUCUAUGACUGUUACACACCAUUCAGAAGGGCCAUAUAUCGUGCAAGCCAUCUUGAUAUGGGAUAGCAGCCAUGCCUACGAAUCUGCUAUCACGAGUGAAGGGGGCCCGGAGCUUUUUGCCGACAUCCCUAACUUCACGGAUAUCGAACCGGUGGUGUUGAAAGGAGAUGUGAAAGCGGUAUGGAACGCGUAAAUAUGCGAGUGUCCAGUACGGAAGCGAAGGUCUAAACAAAUUGUGACGAUAUACUAUCGGACUAGACGACGGACGUUGGCCUGUUGCAACAACCUUUGCGAUUUCGGCAAGAGUUGUAAAACUUUCUGUCAACUUUUGCUUAUCUAAGGCAUUUAUUGGUAUCGGCGCAUACUCGCAUGCCAAGCGCUUUAUGGGAGCAUGUGGUGAUAGCGAGUCAGAAACGGAGGAACCUUUCACGGUAGCACUGGUGCGGGAAUUAUUUACGCUCUCAAAUAUCCCGCUGUGUACUAAGAAUUAAAUACGAGGUCAAUUUAUUUGCAAAUGACAGAUUCUCAAAAGUAAAUAACUAUAAAGGACUCACGCAACGUGGCAU